AUGGGGGGACAGCCGCUGCUGCGCGCCGCGCCCAUGGACGCGCAAGAGGGCGACGAGCGCGUGGAGUGGCACGCGCCGCCGUGCGAGCGGCAGGAGAGCAACCUGAGCGCGGCGGCGAGGGGCAGCAGCGGCGUGCCGUGCUUGAACAUGGUGGGGCACACCUUCGGCAUUGAUGAGCUGCAGCAGCUGAGCGCGCUCACCAAUUACCGCAUGCGGUACAACAAGGGGUUGCUCAUCUUUACGAUCAUGCUGGACCAGGGCCCGUGGGCCAGCGCACUGCGGCAGCUGGGGUUCAAGGUGGCUUACGGCUUCGGGUGCAUCCUCCGAUUCCUCUUCCGGUCCGCCUCUCUCUCAUGCCCCGCGUCACACUCUUGCUUUACGGUGCAUUCCUGGCUUUGCGUCAAGAACGAGCUUGUGUCAACCUGGAAAUUUGGAACUCCACGGCCCGAGGUGUGGCAGCUGGUGGCAGGGUUGGAGGAGCAGGUGUGGGGCAAGGGCGUGGUGCGCGUGGCGGUGCACGUGCGUGUGCCAGACCGUGAGGUGUGGGAGGGCGAGGGCACGCCGCUGAACAUGACGCAGCAGCAGCUGGACCACCUGCUCGCCACGGCCAACACCACACUGCACUGCGCUCAGGCGGUGGAGAAUUACUGGUACCCCCCUCCCCUGAAAGUGAAGUGGAUAAUCAUCACCAACUCGCACCCACUCAAGCAAGCGCUCAAGGCCAAGUACCCAGAUAAGGUGGUGACAACGGAGUUUGUGCCGUGGCACUCGGACCACUCGAUAGACCUCGCCACGUCCAAGGAGCACGACGCGGCGCUGCGCGGGCUGCAGCACUUCCGGGAGACGGUGGCGGAGUGGGCGCUGAUAGCGGCGUGCCACUCCUUCAUCAUCCCCGCGUCGGGCUUCUCUCGCACCGCUGCGCUGUACGGGCUGCGCCCCCUCGACAUCUUCAUGCCCCCGCCCGACACCUGCGACCCCGAGCACCCCACUGCCGUCGCUGGCUUCCGCGGCUCCUGGAGCGGCAUCUAG